AUGGCUACGGCGUCGGCGUGCAUCCCGGAGGCGGCACGGGGCACGCACGCGUUCACGGUCGCCGGCUACAGGCUGCACAAAGGCCUCAGCGUCGGCAAAUUCAUACGCUCCACCAUCUUCAGCGUCGGCGGCUACGACUGGUGCAUCCGCUACUACCCCGACAGAUACACUUCUGACACCAAGCGCUAUGUUGCGGUCUACGUCGAGCUCCAGAGCAAGAAAUCCGUGGUGAGGGCGCUCUACGACCUCAAGCUCACCAACCAGGCCACCGGGAUGCCCUCCUUGAUCACCUCCCGGCCGUCGUCCCUACCGGCGUUCAACUCCUACAGCUGGAACAGGCAUGUCAGGGGUUCCUACAACUUCAUGAAGAGGGACCUCCUGGAGGCAUCCCAGUACCUGCACGACGACUGCCUCAUCAUCCACUGCGACAUAACCGUCCUCCUCAACAAAAUACCGGCCGUGGCCACCCCCAACGCCAAGACGCCGCCGGAGAUCCCAGUGCCGCCGUCGGACCUGUCCAACAAUCUCGCAGAGCUGCUGGAGGGAAAGAAAGGAGCAGACGUGGUGAUCAAAGUCGGUAGGGAGACCUUCUACGCGCACAAGAUCGUGCUCGCGAUGCGGUCACCGGUCUUCGACGCAGAGCUCUACGGGCCAAUGUGGGACGACGAGAAACAGUGCCUGCAGAUCGCCGGCAUGAAGCCCGCUGUAUUCAGAGCACUGCUUCACUUGCUUGUCAUGGAUGAUGACAACAACAAGGUGAUUAGGCACUUGCUUGUGGCUGCAGACAGUUGGAGCUGCUCCACCAUCAUUGUGUUUGCCUAUUUCAAUGACCUUGGUAUCUUCAGUUGGAGCUGCUCCACCACCAUCCGGGUACAUGGGCCACCCUUCCCAAAAGAAAAGAAAAUCCCCACCUGCCCUACCACCGCCACCAUCCGAAGGACCUCCGGCGACCGGAGUCCCUACCCCUCGGGCACAUCAAUCAUCUUAACCUCUGACAUCGCUUGCCCGCCCUGCUUCGCCCCCGACUAA